AUUAGAAAUUAUAACGCUAUCGCAAAAACCCGAGGCUCAAUGAUCGUAACAGAGCACAGUCUAGUAGAAAAGACUUGAAUCGAAUGUUCACUUGCACAUGAAACGUCCGUGGGAACCACUGUAGGAACAACAAUAUUCCAGAUCAUGGAAAGUGCAGCAGUUUCGAUUUUAUUGAGAGCUGUAGAAAUGGACAGCAAGCAGCGGUAUACAAUGGCUUUAGUCCUGUAUCAAGAGGGUUUGCAGAUUCUUAUGGAUUUGAUUAAAGAAACAGGAGACCCUGGAAAAAAGAAGCAUUUCAAAGUAAAAGCAGAAGAAUACAUGAAUAGAGCUGAAACUAUAAAAAUAAUAAUACAGGAGCAAAAAGCAGCUGGUGCCUACAGAGAACAAACCAGAAUUGAGGCUGGAUCAAUUGGCUAUGGUUAUGCCACUGUCUUUGGUAGAUUCCUUGAUGCUUCUGUCACCCAUGUACAUAUCGAAGAUCCCUACAUCAGACUUUUUCAUCAGUGUCAAAAUCUGUUGAGACUUUGCGAACUUUGUGUCCAGAAGUGUCAUUCUUUGAAAAAAGUGACGUUAGUCACGACACAGGAAUCAGAUGAACGCAAGGGCCAAAUCGCUAAUCUCAAAGAGCUCAAACUUAGUCUUGGUAUGCGACAAAUAUCAUUUGAAUUUGAGUUCUCUUCUACACUGCACGAUAGACAAGUGAGGUUAGACAAUGGAUGGGUGAUUAAAAUUGGCCGCGGUUUGGACUACUUCAAGCCUUCCGCUGGUAAAUGUUCACUUGGUGCCUGUGAUAUGGAUUUGCGACAAUGCUUGGAGACUAGCAUUGACAUUUUCCAUGUUUCUCAACUUACAAAUAACACUCACACUUAACACGACACCUUCGUAGCUUAGUUUCAAAUGAAGUCAUCCUACGAUACAGUAGACUGCGUCAAUAGGUACAGCAGCGACUUCUUGUACAGUUUUACUGGAAAUAACGAGACCUUCCAAUUAUGAUAAAACGAUCGUCUUGUUUGUACAGUGGGGAUAGAAGUAUUUUUUGAAGAAUAGAAAUUCGUUGGAUCGUGCAACAAGAAAGAAAAAAAUAGGCCGAUCGACCAGAAAUAAUAUUAAUCUUAUAAUAUUUGCCUUGAAAGUAGUGUAAACAAUCGUCACAAAUUUAAAUCGACGAUCAGUGAUAUUUUUGUACAUUAUAUAAAUAUUUUAUUCCAGACUGAUGAGGCAAUUUUUCCUUUGUCAAACACAUGGUAUGUCACAAUUACAAAUAAUUAAUUCGUUGCAAAAUAUGGCACAUGGAUUACAUUCUUAUGAUAAAAGUCUUCAGAGUUC